CCUGAGGAGAGCGGUUGGGGCCAUGUCGGCGGCGGCCGGAGGGUGGGAGGGCGACGGGCAGGGCCCGGGCGGCGCCGCGGGGGCCGGCGGCAGCGGCCUCCUCAACCGCUUCGUGCAGCUACCGGGCAGGCCCCGUUUCACCGGCCACAGAUCUCCACCAGCAAGAAGUGGCCAUCGUUGUGUGGCAGAUAAUGCCAACUUGUAUGUGUUUGGAGGCUACAACCCUGACUACGAGGAGUCUGGAGGGCCAGAGAAUGAGGACUACCCCCUCUUCAGGGAACUCUGGCGGUACAACUUUGCUACAGACACCUGGCACCAGAUGAGCACUGAAGGCUACAUGCCCAGGGAACUGGCCUCCAUGUCACUUGUGCUUCAUGGCAACAACCUGCUGGUGUUUGGGGGUACUGGGAUCCCCUUUGGGGAGAGCAAUGGCAACGACGUCCACGUCUGCAAUGUCAAGUACAAAAGAUGGGCUCUGCUCAGCUGCCGAGGAAAGAAACCAAAUCGGAUCUAUGGGCAGGCCAUGGCCAUCAUCAAUGGUUGUCUCUAUGUGUUUGGAGGAACAACUGGUUAUAUUUACAGCACUGACCUCCAUAAACUUGACCUCAACACUAGAGAGUGGAUCCAGCUGAAACCAAACAACAUGUCCUGUGACAUGCCAGAGGAGAGGUACAGACAUGAAAUAGCCCACGAUGGUCAACGGAUUUAUAUCCUGGGAGGUGGAACUUCGUGGACAGCUUAUUCCUUAGAUAAGAUCCAUGCCUACAACAUUGAAACCAACACCUGGGAGGAAAUUGCCACAAAACCUCACGAAAAAGUUGGCUUCCCAGCAGCCAGAAGAUGCCAUAGCUGUGUUCAGAUCAAAAAUGAUGUGUUUGUUUGUGGAGGAUACAACGGAGAAGCCAUUCUGGGAGACGUUUGGAAGUUGAAUCUACAAACUUUCCAGUGGGUCAAGCUGCUGGCUGCCAUGCCAGAGCCAGUGUAUUUUCACUGUGCUGCUGUCACACCAGCUGGCUGCAUGUACGUUCAUGGAGGGGUGGUCAACAUCCAUGAGAACAAACGAACUGGCUCUUUGUUUAAAAUGUGGCUGGUGGUGCCCAGCCUGCUGGAACUAUCCUGGGAGAAGCUCCUGGAAUACUUCCCUCACUUAGCAAUCCUCUCCAGAUCUCAGCUUCUGCACCUUGGACUGACACAGGGACUUGUUGAGCGACUAAAAUAAGACCAGCUCAUGCUUCCGUCCAAGACAUACUACGUUCCAGAAGCCCCCCUUCCCACCUCCCCUUAUUUAUGGAUACCAUGGAUGGUCUUGCUAAGAACAUGGAGGAACCUGCUCAGCGCCUUAUUCAAGCAACUACAUCGAUGCCUUCCUAGAGAUUGUUACUUUCAGUUGUUGAAAAGCCACUUUUUAUUUAUGGAUCUCUAAAUUACACCAUUUAAUCCAGAAAACUGUUCUCUGGUACUGUUUCAUAACAUCCAGCCAUUGAUCUGGUGUCAGCACAUGCUUGCAACUAAACCGGGGAGGGUGGGAGCUUUGGGAAUGUCCAAACCCAUGCUUACAUGUGGUGCACUCAACUUUUUAUUUCUAUCCAACAGAGGAUGCUCAGUGCGGAGCAACAGCCACCCUGUUCUUUUGCUUUGGAGAGCACUCAUCCCCUGCCACUCAGCUGAGCUCUCUAAACCCAACAGCUCCUGCUUUUGAAGGCUUUGCAUGUGUUCCAUGGGCAUGUUCCCAUCUCUUGGAGCUUCAGAAGACGGCUGGAACGUCGCAUGGGGCAGCGAGUGAAGCUUUGCCUGUGCAGCUUUUCCAGUGCAGUGACUUGAACCACCCCCUGUCUGUGUGUUCCUCACCUUUUCAUGUGGAAAUGUUUGCUUGGAAGACUGCUUUAAAAGUUGCCACUUCCUGGACUAUUGUGUAGUUUACUCAGGGUGCUGAGGGGAGGGAAAGGUUUGUGCUGAAGCUGUUUUAACUCUUGCUGCUCACCUUGCAGCAGCAAAAACUCACCCUGGAGCUGUCAGAGCUCGCUUUUAACCUGCAGCACAUCAGACCCAGUGCCUGGGCAUGAGCUUUGUGUUUUUCUGCCUGCCAUAUAGCACAUGUUGGCCUUUUUCUACUCAGCUUCAUGUUCCCCUGGGGUGGGGAUGUUCUUGAUGUAUGUGGUUUUAACCAAGGUUCCCAAGUGGCUUCCUGGCUCCUUGGAAGCUCAUGGAUUGCUCAUCCCAGGAAACACAGCAUCAAAAGAAGGGGAGAGGGAAGAUCUCUCCCUCUUGCUGUGAGCAGUGGUCAUGGCCACACAGGCAGGAGGCUGGCCCCUGUGUUGUUGUGCUCCAUAUACAGUGACGUUGGCUCUGGAGACCACACUAAGUGGCUGCUGGAGCAGCUCCACUUGGCUGGCAUCACAUUUGUGCAAAGUCCUUUUCAGUUGAAGACCAUUUUUAAGUGCCUUUUCUUUUAAAUCAGCUUUUCUAAGUCCCUUCCCCUUCCUCCCAUCAGAGACAAAGGGGUCAUUUGGGGAUUUAGUUUCUUUUGAAGAGAUUACAUUUAAAUAAACCAUAGCAUUGGCUUUGUGUUGUUA